UCCCUCCCCUUUCCCAUCCCUCCCCUUUCCCAUCCCUCUCCUCCUCCUCCUCCCCGCGCAGGCCGCAGGAGCCGUGCGGGGCGCCGUGCGGGGCGGGGCGCCGCAGCAGUGAGGGCCGCGGGAGCAGGUCAGCGCUCGUCGCCCAACAUGGUCGCUGCCCACGCUGCCCAUUCUUCCUCCUCCUCGGAGUGGAUCGCCUGCCUGGAUAAAAGACCUCUGGAGCGAUCCAGUGAAGAUGUGGAUAUUAUCUUCACCCGACUGAAAGAUGUUAAAGCCUUUGAAAAGUUUCACCCAAAUCUUCUUCACCAAAUCUGUCUUUGUGGCUACUAUGAAAAUUUGGAAAAAGGAAUCACAUUGUUUCGCCAGGGUGAUAUCGGAACAAAUUGGUAUGCUGUCUUGGCAGGAUCUUUGGAUGUUAAAGUAUCAGAGACGAGCAGUCACCAGGAUGCUGUGACAAUAUGUACCCUGGGAAUUGGAACAGCGUUUGGAGAGUCGAUUCUGGAUAACACUCCCCGUCACGCAACUAUAGUUACCCGGGAGUGCAGCGAACUCCUCCGCAUAGAGCAGAAGGACUUCAAAGCACUAUGGGAGAAAUAUCGACAGUAUAUGGCAGGACUUCUGGCUCCUCCUUAUGGUGUUAUGGAAACUGGCUCUAACAAUGACAGGAUGCCUGACAAGGAGAAUAUGAGUGGCAGCACUCUCUUUCCAGCUUCUAAGAACUGUAAUAAGACACCCCUUAUUGAACCUCACAUUCCGCUUCGUCCUGCUAAAACCAUUGCCCAGGUCCCUUCAGAAAAGAUCCUCAGAUCAGGAAAGAUUUUACGGAAUGCAAUUCUCUCUCGAGCACCUCACAUGAUAAGAGAUCGCAAAUACCAUCUGAAGACAUACAGGCAAUGCUGUGUAGGAACGGAACUCGUCGACUGGAUGGUGCAGCAGACUCCGUGUGUCCAUUCCCGGACACAGGCGGUCGGCAUGUGGCAAGUUCUGCUAGAGGAGGGGGUUCUCAAUCACGUGGACCAAGAACAUUAUUUCCAAGACAAAUAUUUGUUUUAUCGAUUUCUGGAUGACGAGCACGAGGAUGCUCCAAUGCCGACUGAAGAAGAAAGGAAAGAAUGUGAUGAGGAGCUACAGGACACCAUGCUGCUCCUGUCUCAGAUUGGACCCGAUGCUCACAUGAGGAUGAUUCUCCGCAAACUACCGGGUCAGAGGACUGGAGAUGAUCUAGAGAUUAUCUAUGAAGAACUCCUUCAUAUUAAAGCUUUAUCUCAUCUUUCUACGACAGUAAAACGUGAAUUAGCAGGCGUUCUCAUUUUUGAGUCUCAUGCCAAAGGAGGAACAGUGUUAUUUAACCAGGGGGAAGAAGGUACCUCUUGGUACAUUAUCCUAAAAGGAUCCGUGAAUGUAGUCAUUUAUGGCAAGGGGGUGGUCUGUACGCUGCACGAAGGGGACGACUUCGGCAAGUUAGCCCUUGUGAACGAUGCACCACGAGCAGCUUCCAUUGUCCUGCGUGAGGAUCAUUGCCAUUUCUUGCGGGUAGACAAGGAGGAUUUCAACAGAAUCCUGCGGGAUGUUGAGGCGAAUACAGUAAGACUUAAAGAACAUGACCAAGAUGUCUUGGUGUUGGAGAAGGUCCCAGCAGGAAACAGAGCUUCUAAUCAAGGAAACUCACAGCCUCAACAAAAGUACACUGUGAUGUCAGGAACCCCGGAGAAAAUUUUAGAGCACUUUCUAGAAACGAUGCGCCUUGAGUUAGUUUUAAACGAAGCAGCAGAUUCUGUUGUAAAUGACUUUGUUAUGAUGCACUGUGUUUUUAUGCCAAAUUCUCAGCUUUGCCCAGCCUUGAUGACCCAUUACCAUGCUCAGCCUUCUCAGGGUAGCGAGCAGGAGAAAAUGGAUUAUGCCCUCAACAACAAAAGGAGAGUCAUCCGCCUCGUUCUGCAGUGGGCUGCUUUGUAUGGAGACUUGCUACAAGAGGAUGAAGUGGCAAUGGCCUUUCUGGAGGAGUUUUAUGUAUCUGUAUCAGAUGACACCCGGAUAAUUGCAUCCCUCAAAGAGCAACUUCCAGAGUUGGAGAGAACAGUCAAGCAAAUUUCAGAAGACUCUAAGGCCCCCCAGAAGAAGCACAAAGUUCUUCUGCAACAGUUCAAUACAGGAGAAGAGAGAGCCCAGAAACGCCAACCAGUCCGGGGGUCCGAUGAAAUCCUCUUUAAGGUUUACUGUAUUGAUCACACCUACACAACUAUUCGGGUGCCAGUGUCAGCAUCUGUGAAGGAAGUAAUCGGUGCUGUAGCAGACAAACUGGGCUCUGGAGAAGGACUGAUAAUUGUCAAGAUGAGUUCUGGAGGAGAAAAGGUGGUGCUCAAACCUAACGAUGUUUCAGUAUUUACAACUCUUACUGUUAAUGGACGCCUGUUUGCUUGCCCACGAGAACAGUUUGAUUCACUGACUCCCUUGCCAGAACAAGAAGGCCCAACCACUGGAACAGUAGGAACUUUUGAACUGAUGAGCUCCAAAGACUUAGCAUACCAGAUGACAAUUUACGAUUGGGAGCUCUUCAACUGUGUGCAUGAGCUGGAGUUGAUCUAUAACACAUUUGGAAGGCACAAUUUUAAAAAGACCACUGCAAACCUGGACUUGUUCCUGAGAAGGUUUAAUGAAAUUCAGUUCUGGGUCGUCACUGAGAUUUGCCUUUGUUCCCAACUCAGCAAGCGUGUUCAGCUCUUAAAAAAAUUCACUAAGAUAGCAGCCCACUGCAAGGAAUACAAAAACCUGAAUUCCUUUUUUGCCAUUGUCAUGGGAUUAAGUAAUGUUGCUGUGAGCCGCCUUACACUUACCUGGGAGAAACUUCCAAGCAAGUUCAAGAAGAUCUAUGCAGAGUUUGAAAAUCUAAUGGAUCCAUCAAGGAACCACAGAGCCUACAGACUAACCAUAGCAAAAUUGGAUCCACCACUCAUUCCCUUCAUGCCCUUACUUAUCAAAGAUAUGACAUUUACUCAUGAGGGGAACAAGACAUUCAUUGACAAUCUAGUAAACUUUGAAAAAAUGCGCAUGAUUGCUAAUACUGCCAGAACUGUGAGAUACUGCCGGAGCCAGCCCUUCAAUCCUGAUGCAGCCUUGGCUAAUAAGAACCAUCAGGAUGUCCGGAGUUAUGUCCGACAGUUAAAUGUGAUUGACAACCAGAGAACUUUAUCACAGAUGUCACACCGAUUAGAGCCUCGACGAGCAUAAAAGUUUAAAGUAA